UAAUAUUAUAAAAAAAAAACAGAAAAUAAAAAAGGAGAUGAUAAAACCCAAAACCCUACUGCUUUUGGUGACAUCUCCCCCCUAACCCCCUCUCCUCUCCCUGUUUCUUCUUCCUCUUCUCCAACCACCCACCCCUUCUCUCACGCACACUGACACACACCUCUUCAUUUUCACUAUCGCCACAAUACUGUAAGAGAUGUGGGAAAUCCAAUUUGAUUAAUUAUCGUCAAAUUCGUUAACUGAAAGGAGAGGUUUCACUGCAGACGGAAAUGAAGAGGAAAUCGCCACUCCAGCUUCAAGCCCUUCUGAAAUUCUAUGCAGAGGAUAAGUAUCCUUCGCAAAGGGCCAUGGAAGACCUUGCUGCGGUCUCGAACUUGACAUUCAAGCAGGUUCGCGGAUGGUUUAUCGAGAAAAGGAGGAGUGAAAAAAGCAAAAAUGAAUUGAUUGAACCACCACGUUUGACCAAGAAACUGUCAGUUUUCAAAGGAAGAAAGGGAGCUGCAGUUGCUUCUGAUGCUAGAAAAAUGCUUAAACAGUUGGAGCUGUCUGCUAGUACUACAGAUAAGUUGAACAAACCUUCAUCUUCAAAGUACAAACAUGCACCUUCAGAGGUUCAGGGUAGGAUAGGCAAGAGGAAGAAGAAGUUGGUGCUCAUUCAGGAUUUGCUGACUUCUGAUUAUAUUCUGGGGAAGAUAUUUCGCAAAGAUGGUCCUCCCCUUGGUUUGGAGUUUGAUUCUCUUCCUACUAGAGCAUUUCAUGGUUGUGAAGAUUCCAGAAAUUCUCAUCCUGCUCACCAAGAGAACCAAAGAGCAAACAAAAGGGGAAAGGUAUCCAUGUGUGCUGCUUUUGAUGAUCAAAAUUGCAACGAGAGUGCUCCAGUGAAGAAACAUGGUAUGGGGAAGGGUUUGAUGACAGUAUGGCGAGUAACAAAUCCUGAUGGUGGAGAUUUUCCCACUGGCAUUCAUUGUGGUGGCUCUCAAAUAACUGUUACACCUCAAAUAUCAACUCCCGUGCCACGGAAGCAGCCUCUUCAAAAAAAGAAGCGAAGACCGCCAGUGUCUUCUCUAGUUAAACAGAGAAUGCUGCAAAAAGAAUUACAGGAGAAGAGGAAGCCUUCUGUUAAAAGGAGGGAGGUGGAAUCUAAAAGAGAUGAGAUCCAGAAACAGUCCUUCAGGGAAAAAUGUGAACUCGCUCUGGAAAGGUUAAUGAAUCAGGAACGCCUUAAUCAAUUUGCUAUGCUAGUGGAUGAUGAAGAGCUAGAGCUGAGAGAGUUACGAGCUGGACUAACAUGUACGGAACACUUUGCGGCAAACAGACUCUAUGGCUGUUCCCUUUGUAAAGAUUUGCUGGUGAAAUUUCCUCCAAAUUCUGUGAAGUUGAAGCAACCAUUUGCUAUGCAGCCUUGGGAUUCUUCUCCAGAGGCUGUCAAGAAACUAUUUAAGGUCUUUCAUUUUCUUUACACCUAUUCUGUUACAGUUGAUAUAUGCCCAUUCACUCUUGAUGAGCUGGCUCAAGCAUUCCAUGAUAAGGAUUCCUUUUUACUUGGAAAAAUUCAUGUGGCCCUUCUGAAGCUUCUUUUAUCUGAUGUCGAAACAGAGAUCAGUAGUGGACUCCUCCCUCAUUUGAGCAUAUCUUGCAAGUUUCUCGCACUCCUUCACUCAGUUGAAGAUCAAGAAUUUGUUGUGGAUUUCUGGAAAAAUUCUCUCAACCCUCUAACAUGGACUGAAAUACUGUGUCAAGUUUUGAUUGCAGCUGGUUUUGGUUCAAAGCAAGGUGGAUUUCGUAGGGAAGUCCUCAGCAAGGAGAUGAGCCUUAUGGUGAAGUAUGGCCUACAUCCUGGAACUCUUAAAGGUGAACUAUUUCAACUUCUGUCAGUUCAAGGAAAUAAUGGAUUGAAAGUUUCUGACCUGGCCAAGUCUUCUCAAAUCGUGGAAUUAAAUCUUGCUGGCACAACUGAUGAGCUGGAGCUUUUGAUCUGCUCAACUCUUUCAAGCGAUAUCACUUUAUUUGAAAAGAUUUCAUCAUCUACUUUUCGUUUGCGAAUCAAUACUCUUGCAAAGGAAGCCAGUGGUUUUCAAUCAGAUACCGAGGACUCCGGAAUUGUUCACGAAGACUUCCAUGAUAAUGGUGCAUCUAGCAGCAGCAAUUCUGAUUGUGAUUCAGAAAAUUCUAGUCCAAGAAAUCUUAAGCUUAUUGACUAUCCCAAAAGAAAAAACAAGAUGCUUACAUUUGAGAAUGAAAUUGAUGAGAGCCGUCCAGGAGAAGUGUGGUUGUUAGGACUAAUGGAAGGUGAAUAUUCAGAUCUAAGCAUUGAAGAAAAAUUGAAUGGAUUGGUGGCAUUGAUUGAUCUUGUCAGUGCUGGGUCCAGUAUAAGAUUGGAGGAUCUAGCAAAACCUACCGUUGAAUCUGUUCCUAACAUAUACCACCAUGGUUCCGGAGCAAAAAUAAAAAGAUCAUCAUCAAUGAAAGAUAACGUGCCCAGGCCAUCCUGGGUCCAUGCUGGGCAAAUAAAUGACACAAAAGAAGCGUACACAUCAUCCAAGUUUUUCCCUGUUGAUUCUUCAGUGUUAUUCUCAAAGUUUGAUGGCAAGGAUAAACUUUCUGGCAAAGAGAAAGAGACAGAAGGGACGGGACUUGAGAUCAAUUUGCACCCAAUGCAAUCCAUCUUUUUAGGGUCUGAUCGUAGGUACAAUAGGUACUGGCUUUUCUUGGGCCCAUGUAACUCAUAUGACCCCGGCCAUAAGAGAGUCUAUUUUGAAUCUUCUGAAGACGGUCACUGGGAAGUGAUUGAUACUGAAGAGGCUUUGCGUGCCUUAUUGUCAGUUUUAGACGACAGAGGAAGACGGGAGGCCCUCCUAAUUGAAUCUUUGGAGAAAAGGGAAACUUUUCUCUGCCAAGAAAUGUCAAGUAAGAUGGUAAAUGAUUCUGGAGUUGGGUACUUCACACAAUCAGACCAGUCUGAGCUGGAAACAGUUAGAGAAGACAGUUCUUCUCCAGUGUCUGAUGUAGACAACAACCUAACCCUUACUGACAUUGCAAAUGAUUCUUUGCCGCCAAUGAGUGCAAUAGUUCUUGAAACAGGAAAGAAGGGGAAAGAAGAAAACCAGAAAUGGAACCGUCUCCGACAGUUUGAUACCUGGAUAUGGAAUUGCUUUUACUGUGAUCUUAAUGCAGUAAAACGAAGUAAAAGGUCAUAUCUUGAAUCACUUAGAAGAUGUGAAACUUGUCAUGACUUGUACUGGAGAGAUGAGAAGCAUUGCAAGAUCUGUCAUACAACAUUUGAGCUUGAUUUUGAUCUCGAGGAAAGAUAUGCCAUCCAUUCAGCUACUUGUAGACAGAAAGAGGACAACGUGAUGUGUCCAAAGCAUAAAGUUCUCUCAUCAAAGUUGCAAUCACUGAAAGCUGCAGUUUAUGCAAUUGAGACUGUUAUGCCGGAAGAUGCCUUGGUGGGUGCCUGGACAAAAUCUGCUCAUAGGUUAUGGGUCAGACGGCUUAGACGCACAUCUUCUUUGGCUGAACUUUUGCAGGUAGUUGCUGAUUUUGUUGCUGCAAUUAAUGAGGAUUGGCUGUGUCAAUGCAAUCUUGCUCAAGGUUCCAGUACUUACAUGGAAGAAAUCAUCACAUGCUUUCCUACUAUGCCUCAAACAUCAUCUGCACUUGCACUUUGGUUGAUGAAGUUGGAUGAAUUAAUUUCUCCAUAUUUGGAAAAGAUUUGAUGUGAAAACAAGCAGGAAGCCAAGAACAAAGGUAACUAUACUUCCCAGCAAUAUACCCAGGUUUGAUAUGGAGGUUGUGCAAGUGGGCCCUCAAUCUGCACCUGGAAAACAUCAAGGGUUAAUAUGGCCAUCGCACUAGUCAUCAAUGCAUGGUUUGCAGGUUUUGGCUACGAGGAGAAUCGUUGGGAUGCACUUUGAGGUCCAAGUGGAAGGGAUGAAGGCAAUCAAUGUCUUUUGUAGAGUCAAUGUUUGACUUUUUGCAUUCUUUGACCGUUGCUGUACUAGUGCAGUCCGAGUGAUUAGAUGUUGUACAGCAUUGAAUAGUUUUAUAAAUAUAUAUAUAUAUCAAAGUCUAGUUUCGUUCAUAUCUUUACAAUGCCCCCUUUUAGCUGCAAAAUAAGCUCAUUUCCCAUGUUUCUUGUAGUGAAGGUUUUGCUCCUUUCUACUUCUGGUAUGAAGGAAUCAAGUUUUGUCCAUGUAUACCUGACAGUCGACUUUUGGCAUGGAAAAUAAAAUUGUCAAAAAGUUCUUCAA